AUGUUCGCCCCUCGCAAUAACGGGCCGCCGCCCAGCUAUCACUCCAGCGCCAACUCCUCUCUGGUGGGAGGCUUUGGCGGUGACGAUGGAUUCGACUCCGAUCCCCCUCAGUAUGACUGGGCGAUGGCGACAGACGUGGGAUCCUCAAGGGAAGAGCAACGGCCCUCGACGCGGCCGCGAAUCGCACAGCGGGAGCAGCCGCUGGCCUCCUCCUCCCACGAGGCCCCACGACGUGCCCACUACUACCGCGCGACCAGCGCCGAGAUCAUGGCCGACUUCGACUUCCCCGUACCGACACCCAAGCAGACCCCAGCCGUGACAGAGACGGCGGGUCCGUCCACCUCGCCCCCUCGGCCGCAGAGGGGCUAUCUCCUCCCGACGCCGGCGUCGAUUCUCGCCGGCUUCGACGUCGCACCUUUCUCGCCCCAGUCCACGGGUGGCAGCACCAGCACCGCCGCCACCACCCCGCCCAUGCCGUCGCCAUCUACGCGCCCGGCGUACAACUCGAGAUUGGACUCGUGGAGCGCCAACAACCCGUAUGUUGCCCUCCUCGAGCAAAAGGAGCAGGCCAUGACGGUGGCCUUCCUGCGGAGCCAGGACGCGGGUUCCGGGUCGCGUUCUGCCGACCUUGCGGCCGAUGACUUUAGCUUCGGCCAAAGAUAUCACAAGGCGGCAGACACCACAGACGUCGUCGUUACUCGACAGAGGCUUCCGGCCAAUGAUCUCGGCGGUUCGAGAGAAUGCCCCAUCUGUGCCGAGACGAGAGACCCGGCCUCCUUUCCCGUGCUGAGCGUAACGCCGACGUGCACGCAUCCUCCCGAGGCGUGCUUGGACUGCUUGCAAACCUCCAUCAGGUCGGACUUGAACAGCAAACUGUGGACGGAAAUCCGGUGCCCCGAGUGCCGCGAGCCUCUAGAAUACGUCGAUAUCCAGAAGUAUGCGGAUGAGGAGACGUUUGCCCGGUACGAGGCGUUGGCCCUCCGAGCAGCCAUGGCCGAGGCCGACACCUUCAUCUGGUGCACCGCCAACUGCGGCUCGGGUCAGCUCCACGACACGGGCGGCGACCGGCCACUGGUGACCUGCUUACACUGCGGCCAGCGCUCCUGCUUCACCCACGGCAUCGCGUGGCACGAGAACCUAUCGUGCGACGAGUACGACGCGCUGCUGCGCGACCCCGAGAACUUCCGCUCGCGCAUCGAGAUGGAGCAUGACGACGAGCACGACCAGGCCCCGGCGCGGCGGGCACUUGAAGACGCCGACCGCGCCGUGGCCCAGGGUCUCAUGGCGGAGCAGCGGGCCGAGGCGCGGGAGCGCGAGGCGCAGGAGCGCGACGAGAGGGAGAGGGCGCGCAAGGCGGUGGCCCUGGCCAGGAAGGUCGCGGCUCGCCGCAAGGCCGAGGAAGAACAGAGCCGGGCGACGGUGAGCCGGACGACGAGGCCGUGUCCCGGAUGCGGAUGGGCCAUCGAGAAGAACUCGGGCUGCUCACACAUGACUUGUUCGAAAUGCAAACACGAGUUCUGCUACGACUGCGGAGCGGAUCACAAGCGUGUCCUGAUGUUCGACAACAGCGUGCACAGCGAGAGCUGCCGCUUUCACCCGAACAACAUGUUCGACUAG